CCCGGCGAGUGGCAUAAAUCCAUAAAGCUAAGAGGUCGCCGCGAUAGUGCUUAUCGGUUAUCGCUUUGGAGGCGAAGAGAAAAUUUUAAAUUAAGUGUCGUUAAACUUUUGGAUAUGCAAACAAACUACUGAUACACUUUAUGGCAAUACUCAGGCGUACCAGAGUAACGCCGUCCAAAUAUUUACGCACACCAUAAGGUGCCAUAAAGCGUGAGACAAUCCGGCGAUGACGUUUACCACUUGGUUGGAGAUUCCGUCGAAGGUUUCCGCGUGGAGAACAUGUUUAUGCAUAUGAAAGUCGCCGCCACCGGCAGAUAAAGGGUCGGGCGCGAACAUGCCGGGCCAUAUAUAAAUCGGAGUCCGAGCUAGAACCCGACACAGUUCAAAUCUACCCACAUCCAGGGAAGCCCAAGCAGAACAGAAUGAAUCAAAAAGUGUUUCUAUUACUGGCCUCAGCCUUUGCCAUUUGCCAGGCACUGCCAUUUGUGUCCUACGAUGAUGUGGAUGAUACGGAAGUAGUGGAACUACCUGGAAAUGGUCUGGAGGAGCCACCGAAACUUGGCCAGGACAUGAUCAUAGAUCUAACUCCGUUCGGGGCGGCUCUAUUUGGCAAACCGGAUGAGAAGCAAACUGCUGUGCGAGUGGGCAACUUUUCAGAUGCGGAUGCUGUGAAUCCCGAAGAGCUGGGCAACUACCUGGAGGGCGACAUGCUGGUGCCCCAAACCGAUCUGAUCAUGAAAAACGGCCUGCCUACCCAAUCCUCCCGCUGGCCCAAUGGCAUUGUGCCCUACGAGAUUCGCGGCAACUUCAACUCCAAAGACAUGUCCACCAUUGAGAAUGCCAUUGCCGAGUAUCAUCGCCGGACUUGCAUCCGUUUUGUGAGGCGCAGCUCGGAGAGGGACUACAUUUCCAUAAAAGGAGACAACUCUGGUUGCUGGUCUUCAGUGGGUCGUGUUGGUGGCAAGCAGGAGGUUAACCUGCAGUCCCCAGGAUGCCUGAGUCGUCCCGGCACCGCCAUGCACGAACUGAUGCACGCGCUGGGUUUCCUUCACGAGCAGAACAGGAUGGAGCGGGACAACUACGUGGCUAUCCAAUACAACAAUGUUCAGUCCUCGGCGAGGAACAAUUUCGAGAAGGCCGCUCGGACGGAGGCCUUUGGCGUGCCCUACGACUAUGGCAGUGUGAUGCACUACUCUAAGAACGCCUUUUCCAUCAACGGCCAGCCCACCAUUGUUGCCAUGAAAGCUAAUGGCGCUGACAAAAUGGGCCAGAGAAAUGGUUUCUCCGACUUUGAUAUUGAAAAACUGAACCGCAUGUACAAUUGUGCAACUGUUGGCUCAGCUCCCUAUUCCCCAGUUGCCCCAGCUCCAGCUCCUUCUCCGGCCGCAGGAGCUGCUUCUGGAAGCGGUAACCCCAUUGUGGACAGCUUCCUUGGCGGACUGAUCAGCGGAUUGGGACUUGGCGAGGAAGAUAAGAAAGAGUAAUCUCUGCCCACUGAAUCUACUAGUUCAUACGGAUCAUCCCAGCUCGAAACUAUUUAAUUCAUCUCACCUAGAAAAUAUCUAGCACGAAUAUCUGAAUCUUAAAAUAAUACAUUUAGUCCCUAAAAAUGAAUUUAAUAAACUAGCAUGAAUAAAACAUAAA